AUGCCACCGGAGCGCCAAAAUACCCAGAAACGCAGACGCCUCCCAUUCAAUCCUCCCCGCCCGCGAGACUCAACCAGCGCCGCGGGGCCAUCCACCGCCUCAUCGUCGAAGACAAAACCACCCGCAAAAGCAUCCAAAACCACCGCGAACGCGACAGCGUCCUCAUCCAAGUCCACGCGCAAACCCGCUGCAUUCUCCUCCCGCUCGAAAGCAGCCGCCGCGCCGCGACCUGCCGUGUCCGCGUCCGUCUCCGUCUCCGAUUCCGCAUCGCAGUCUGGCGCCGGAACGGACUCGGGAUCGGAAUCCGACAGUCGCGGGCGCGAGCGGUCCCUCUCCGGAGAACCAGAGUAUAUACUCGCGGAGAUCACGAACAACGAGGGCGGGGAGGAUGUGAUGUCGAGCGAGCCAGCGAUUCCGCCGAAGUUGCUGACGCGGUUACUGCACCAUCAUUUCAAGAGCGAGAAGACGAAGCUGGCGAAGGAUGCGAAUACUGUUGUUGCGAAGUAUGUGGAUAUCUUUGUGAGGGAGGCGCUGGCGCGAGCGGCGUAUGAGAGGGCUGAGGGGCUGGGUGGGGGAAUUGAUGGUUCUGGAGGCAGGAUGCCGAUUGGGGAUGGGUUUUUGGAGGUUGAGGAUCUUGAGAAGAUGGCUCCACAGCUCGCUUUGGACUUUUAG